UCUAUUAUUUUUGUAUUAGAGAGUGAUUAUUGAAAUGUGAACGAUAUUUACUUAGUUGUGUUGGAGUUUUAUUGAUUUGGAUGCUAUUUUAAAACUGGAUAUAUAUGAACUAAGAACUUUUAUCGGCAUUCUAUCUUUGUAAAGCCUUUUAUCUUUCCAUUUAUCUUUGUCUUGGAGUUGCUAUAACUUAUCUUAGCAUAAUCCAGACGAUAUUUAUGGUACGGUAUGCAAUUUUCAAUAUACAACUAUACCUUCCCACCCCUACUCAAAUACUCCAUUUCGUAUCUAAGUGUAGAUUCUUGUUAUUUCCCUUUCUCUUCAGCGCGGGCAGUAAAGCCUCUUCUUCUUCUGGGCACUCAACCUUCAUCUAUUUCUACAAUGCAACAGGCGGGAUCAUCGGCGUCGGAGACUGAGGUGACGUGGGAAGAUCAACAGAAUAUCAAUAAGUUUGGGAGAUUGAACAACCGCCUUCAUGAAGUAGAAGAUGAAAUCAAGAUCGCUAAGGAAACAAACGAAAGCCUCGAGGAUGCAGGCAAUGAGCUGAUCCUCACAGAUGAAGAGAUAGUUCGGUUCCAAAUAGGAGAGGUUUUUGCUCAUGUGCCGAAAGAGGAAGUUGAAAGCAGGAUCGAGGAGAUGACAGAGAAGACUAGCAAUAACUUGGUAAAACUAGAGGAGGAGAAAGAAUCAAUAAUUGCUCAGAUGGCUGUGUUAAAGAAAAUCUUGUAUGGAAAAUUCAAGGAUUAUAUCAAUCUGGAGGAGGAUUAGAUCAAAAGCUGCUCCAACUUGCACUUGUGAUUUGUCUUUGGAUUUGUAGUUCGCCCGUCCCUCUGAAAUUCUCCUUCUCCUUUUAUGCAAUUGGUUUUUCGAA